CGGAGGAGUUUUGGCAAACCAGACGAGGAUCGAUAUAAACGGCGCGUGAGUUCUAGAGAUUUUUGGAUGGUAUCGUCGUGAAUGAAUGUUCUUGGAUUUUAUGCAACGACAAAAAAAAAUACAUGAAACAGGGAGUGUUGUGGAGGGGUAUGGUGUGUUGACAUGCUAUCCUAGAUUCUAGAGAGAACCGGUGACACAGGUUUUUUUUUUGCGCUGAAAAAGGAAAACGUUGUUCAAAUACCAAUUGCAAAUACCUGCCCCCGAUGGAAGUUUAUUAAACCGUGGUGUAGUGAAGUGAAGCUGAGAAUUGUGCACAGCGCGGUAUAUGAAAAUGGUUACAAUGGAUGUAAGGGAUAACUUCACUGAUAUUUCCUGGGCGUCCAACUAUGUCAUCCAGAUGGCUUUGGAUGAGUAUCAAACAGAACGAAAUUGGACACGGCUUAUCUAUCAGUAUUGGGAGCUGGUCGAGGAAGUCUUUGGCGACCCUCGAGCCCGGAAUCUUCCUUUUAUGAAUAAUCCACUGCCCACAAUUGGAAUGGUUGUGACAUACCUUGCCUGGGUCCUGGUGAUUGGACCGACCUAUAUGCGGGAUAGGAAACCCCUGCAGCUCACCAACACGCUGUUCUACUAUAAUCUAUUCCAGGUGCUUCUAAGUGCCUACAUGUUCUAUGAGCAUUUGAUGGCCGGUUGGGCGAGGGGGUAUAGUCUAACUUGUGAACCUGUGGAUUAUUCCGAUAAUGCCCUCUCGAGAAGAAUGUUCAAUUUGUGUUACCUCUACUAUUUGUCGAAGCUGACAGAGUUUGCGGAUACGGUGUUCUUCGUUCUACGGAAGAAAAAGUCACAAGUUUCGUGGCUCCAUCUGUAUCAUCAUUCGUUAACACCAAUUGAAACCUGGAUUCUCACAAAGUUCCUGGCUGGAGGAAAUACCACCCUACCGAAUAUCAUCAACAAUUUUGUACACACGCUGAUGUACUUUUAUUAUCUGCUCUCAUCGAUGGGCCCUCGCUACCAAAAGUACCUCUGGUGGAAAAAAUAUAUGACCGAGAUCCAAAUAGCUCAAUUCAUCAUUUGCAUCGGCCACGCUAUCAACGCCCUGAUGACGGAUUGCAUCUAUCCGAAAUUCAUCACAUCGCUGCUGCUUUGCAAUGCCGGCAUAUUUUUUGUGCUAUUUAUGAACUUCUAUAUAAAAAACUAUAAAAAAUCGGCUGCGCAACCGACGAAAAGUGGCGAAGGCGAAGAUGAGGCUAUGGUGUUAGAAAAUAAUAACUGUCUGAAGUUGGAGGGUACCAUCGAGCGGUGGGAGGGUAUUUCCGAGAAAAUCCAGUGACCCGGACAGUUGGUUCAGUGAACCGUGUAAAAGUCGGAGAUAGAAGAUGAAUGAUUUCAAGGUGUCGCGACCUGCGACAUAAUCCUGUAUAUAGCAGAUUUCAAACAGAUCCACCUAACAUAACCUCCAUUGUAACAUUUUUAUCUAGAUAAGUACCUGGUAUACGAAUAGCUACUUUAAGAAAAUAUUAUAACGAUAUGACAAAGACUGUAUCUACUUUCGAGACAAAUUACU